UCUAUUUAUCCCAUUGAGAAUUAGUUCAUAUUGUACCAGUAACUCAAAGAUAAUUCAUCACUCUAAAAAUUAACUUUUACCCACUGAGCAAUUAUGGGCUAGGACUGUGAUGAAUUCCCACUGAGCAAUUACAGGCUAGGACUGUGAUGAAUUUUAAUAAGCUUGGUACAUAAUUGCUCAAUAUAUGAUAUGUGAUAAGCUUAAUUUCAUUAGUGUUCCUCAUAAAUCAUCACAAUGUGAUUUUCAGGGGGAAGUCACAUGGCUUGGAGCUCUGGCCUGCUGAACCUCGUGUUCAUGGUCAACAGCUCUAUGGUGAUGUGGGGUCUUGUGAGGCUUCCUGACAGGUGAGAGGCAUCUCGAGGGACUCUGUUUCAACAGGGAGGUCAUCACAGCUUCCUGAUUCAUGACAUAACUUAAAACACCUUUGUUUUCAAUAGUUGUAUUCACUGUUUCUUUCUGUUUCUCCUCACACACUCUUGGGUUCCUGCACCUCCCCCUCAUGGCUAUAUCUCUCCCUUCCUCUCACCCAUGACACUCCAGCGCCGAUGGAGCUGAGGAUGUAGCUGCCUGGUGGUGAUGCUGAGUUUCGCUUAGGAGCUGCGCUAGUGCUACCUUGGCCAUAGAAACCUCUUUGGUGACUUGACCUCCUUAAACUGUUAUUUCACUUCAGCUCAUCCAUGUAGGCUGGGAGAAAAUUGGGCCAUUGAUGGGAUGCAUAAUGCAAUUCUUCCUCAUGUCUCCUAACACAAGCAGCAACUGUGAUCUUCAAAAACACUCUUGCCCUGAGCUCUGAAAUCCUCCAGCAUGAAAAAGAGGAAAGAUGAACAGAGGAUGAACUGCUAGAGCUGAAGGGAAAUGAUCGGAGGUAACCCCUGGUCCCAACCAGGCCAGUGAUGUCACCAGGACUAGGGGAGGCCUCUCUGCAGAGAUGGUGCUGGCAACCACAGGCCAUACCUAAUGUCUCAGAGCAAGAGAAGUGCUUUGGAGGAGCCCGGACUUUGCAUUCUAGAGCCUUGGACUUGAAUGAAGCAGGUACAAGUCCCCUAAAAGUAAUUGGUGAGAGAAAUUCAAGAAGAGAAAUACAUAUCAUGUUUGUUGACUAAAAGACUCAAUUUGGUUAGCAUAUUACAGCAACACAAUUCUGAUUAAUAUUUCUAGUAGGAGAUUUUAGAGAAAUUUAAAAGCUUGUUUCAAAAUGUAUUUGAAAAUCGAAGAACCUAGAAUAGGCAAGUUGGUCUUGAAGAAGCAAUAGGUUGGAGGACUUGCUCUGCUAGAUUUUAAACCUGAUUUCAAAGCUACAGUAAUUUCAGAACAAUAGGACCGGUGUGAGUAUUCAUAAAUAUAUCGAAGUCAAAGAAUACAGAUUCAAAUGAUAAGCCCACAUAUGUGCGGUUAUUUAACUUUUUUUAGUAGAAUCUUUUUUACUCAGGAAAAAAUACCCAAAUCUUCAAAACAAAAAAGUUUUCCAACCACACACAGGAGGGGUAUGGGUAGGGGGAGGUGUCUGUCCAUCUAGCCUGUCCCGCAGCCCAUGCAGAGGUCAGCACUGGGAACGCUGAAGGUGAGAGGCCAUUUCAUGAUAUUUCUCAUUGGUGAAAUUGCCGAGGACACCUUCUUUGUCCACCAGCAGGCCUAGCGUCUUAGCAGUCAUGGCGACAGUGACAUUGGAAGUGGAGGCUCCACCGAUGCUCUUGGUAAGAAGGUCCCAGGGUAAGUCCUGCAGCAGUGAGUCCAGACCACAGAACAUUUCUGCCCCCGUAGUGUCGACCCAUUCACAAAAAAACCUUGACCAGUCAGAGUCUUGCUCUGUCACCCAGGCUGGAGUUCAGUGGCUCUGCGGUGUGGGUUGCUUUUGUAUCUGGAAUGUGUCUGACAUCCUGAGACCUGGACUCAUUUCAGGGAGCUUUGAGAGGAGCCCCAAUUACUGACGGAAUUGGACGGUGUGUGGAGACGCUUCAGCAGCACGAGGGUAAGUGGAGGAGCAAGACCAGGUCACAGUGAGAGACAGUGAGCAUCAUCAACCACCCCGACCAUCACCAUGAUCUUGCCAGGUUCUGCUGGGGGAAGGCAACAACACAUCAAUGGUGUUAUAGCAAGUUUGUGUGUGUGUGCAUUUUAUCUCCAAUAAUAUUCCAUAAGAACUGUUCGUGGUUCUGUUCCUUUUCCUUUCAAUACAUGGGAAAACUAAAUGCAAACAACAAAAUAGCAUCAGGUUUACAAGACUUCCCAAAGUGUAUGGUCACACACGUUUUCAGGGGAUAUACACAAAUGAUUUUGAUCACUUGAUACCUUGAAAAGAGCUCUUGUGAGACAGAAUGAUAUUGAUAAGUGACAAGUAUGAAAAAAGUGUCAGUGACAUCAAAGAAACAAAUGAACCCACAGAUAGAGGAGGAGCUUUGCACUUAGGGAUGUGAACUGGUCAUCAGUGUAAUGAAAAGCCAAGAUGCUGCCUCAGUGCGAGAAAAGAAAUCAACAUAACAAUGGGAUGCAGCGAGGAGAACACUGAGUCAGGGAGAAAAUAUUUUUAAGUUAUUCAUUAACUUUUCAGUAGGUACAGAAAUAAAAAAUGCAGAACACAGAAGCUAUCAUGGCAGUCUAAAAGUCUGACAUCUUUCAUGUGUGGAAAAGCCUUAAGAUCUGUUUUAACUUAGAGAAGGUGGGGUGACUUCCUGAAGACCACUAAGAAAAUAUAACCUUCUGGGAAACUGUCUCCAUGAUUUUAUACACACAAGAGAUGGACAGAGGAAUGCGCUUAGACAUAUUAAGAAAGAGGUGUGUCUGCAGCACUGUCACAAGGGUGAGCAAAUACUGAGAGGGACUGCUGAGGAAAUAAUCCCCAUCUGUGACUCUCAGGUGAGAUCAGGGGGCCUUGGUUUCAGCACAGCCUGGGCAAUUGGAAUGCAGGGCUCCUAAGAUUUCAUGACACACCCACCUUCUAAUUCUGUUAUUGUGACUGCAAUAACAGAAGAUACCGGCUGCUAACCUCCCUCACUCUUGUAGAGUCUGAGCUACAGGCAGUGCCUUCGGCUCUGAGCUCUGGUAUUCUAAACUUUGUUUUGGCGAUUAAGUACUCUGUGGUAUUGGUGGAGUUCUUCUUAACCAUAAGUCAACCAUUCCAGCUGAUGUCAUCCCUCAGUGCUGACUAACCCUAUUUGAUUUCACUUGUUUUUGACCCAUCAUGUGUUUUGGUUUCUUCUCCCUAGUCCCUGUUAUACCUCUUCUGCCACCAACGUCAGCAUGUGGUAUCUGCUGGACAUUUAUCCAGGGAGAGGGCAGAAAUGAACAUCCUAUAAAUCAACCAGGAAUUGUGUUGUAAGGGUUAUUCUCUUGUGAGGUUUAUUGCCGAGUUUAAAAUGAGGAAACUGAAGCCUGCAUGAGAACAAUUAGACGCCAAUUUAUUCGGCUCUUGGGUGAGGUUCUGUGGUCCUGGGAAAGAGGCCAGAGAAGUUAUUCCCGACCUCUCUUAGGCAUGAGGCUUUACAGGGAGGGAAGGCGUUCUGAUUGCCUGUGGACAAACAGGACAUGGACAUAGCAAGCUGCUAUUGGUAGGCGGGCAGGAUUUCUGGUGAGCAGGCUAGGUGCCCAGUGUGGAGCUUAGUGCUGAGUUCAGAGGGGAUCUCCAAGGCGGAGCUAGAUAAUGGGCGUAUUCCGGUGACAUAAUUUUCAGGCAGGGAGAGGGAUGGGCGUGUCUGAGCUCCCAGCAAGUCAAAUGGCCUUACAGUGCUCCCAGCUGGCACAGAGCCAACAGCAGUUCCAAGACCUCAAAGAGAAAUUUCUUGUAAGUCAAGCUACUGUCUACUCUCUGGCCAAGCAACUGAAGAGAUACAAGCUGGUUUUAGCCCCCUCCAUUGCGAUGAAGAACCCUCUGCAGAUGGAAGAUGAUCCACUCGAAGGCUCAUCAACCACUCAGUGGCAUCAAGUGCCUGGGAACAUUGAUGCCUCCAGUGUUGCAAAACCCAAGAAGAUCAAACGAAAGCUCCCUUUCAGCAAAUGGUUCUGCUGGACUUCACGCUCCGGGUGCAGAGACUGUGAUGCAUACCACCUCAACAUCCAGUCUCUGGAAAAAGAUCUAUAUCGAAUAGGAGAAGAAACAAUAUAUGAAGAGUUGAAAUUAAUUGAGGAGCUCAGGAAAUAUAAAGCCCUGAAUUACCGUCAGACAGAGCAGCUGGCACAGUUAAAGUAUGAAUUACGAAAAGUGAGAGAUGCCUCCUGCUCAGUGGAUCAGCAUUUUGAGGUCCACCUCCCUCCUGAUGACCCUGACAACUGGGAGCGUCAGAACCUCCGAGAGGAGCUGGCUAAGGGGCCCAGGCUGGCUGAGCAAUGUGUCAGCAGGCUCAGCCCAGAAAAUGAUAAACAUCGAUAUGAAACAGAUGAGGACGGUGAGAAAGCAGAGAAAUCAGCUGCCCCCAGGCUGAGCCAGGAGCUACUGGAGGCAAAGGAGCAGAAAGCCUCAGAAGACUCCCUGGAUGACCUUUACUGGGCUCUUCCAGUUCAGGGUGACCUGUCUGAUUACCACCAGCCUUAUAGCAGUGCCUCGUCCUCACUGGAGAAUCAACUCACAUGCCCUGCACUGGAUGUAGCCUGUGAGUACUGCAGCCUGAAGGUCCCAAAACCCCAUGGUCCUCCCAGGCAGCCUCUGUAUGUUAUGUUUCUGCAACUUGUGUCACUGAGUCAGAUCAUCAAUGCAGGCAGGCCCCGUAAACUGAGCCUGCCUCAGUUUUGAAUCUGACUCUUGGCUCCAUUUUUAAUCACAGACAUCCAGUGGGAGGAACUUCCUCUUUUCCUGUCCCAAGUGACUCCUCGGUCACCUGGUUUCUUCUCACAAGAACAGGCUGUGGGCAUGAAAACAGGAAAGAGGUCAGGACUCAUAGCAAGUUUUUGGCCACAGUAGCCCAUCUGGAUAUAUUUGCAUAAAAACCUUCUUCUGUAAGAUAGGGCAUCUGUCUUUUCUCAAAUGAUGUUGCUAACUGCAUGCCUUGAACAGUGCCCUUAUCUCUUCUCUGGCCAUCCACACAUCCAGGCAGUUUUGCACCAUUAUUUCAGAGCCCAUUGUAGAAUUCCUGUGUCUGAUAAGGAUUCUCUACUCUAGAGAUCUCCAGCUCGAGGGCCAUGGACAGUUGUGGGGCCAUGACCUGUUAGGAACUGGGCCACACAGCAGGAGGUCAGCGGUGGGAGAGCAUGACCGCCUGAAUUUCGCCUCCUGCCAGAUCAGCAGUGGCAUUCAAUUCUCACAGGACUCGAACCCUAUUGUGAAUUGCACAUGUGAGCGAUCUAGGUUCUGCACCCCUCAUGGGAAUUUAAUGCAUGAUGAUCUGUCACUGUCUCCCAGUGACUGUCACCCCCACGUGGGACCAUCUAGUUUCAGGAAAACAAGCUUAGGGCUUGCACUGAUUUGGUGAGUUGUAUAAUUAUUUCAUUAGAUAUUAUAAUGUAAUAAUCAUAGAAAAACAGUGCACAAAUAAUGUAAUGUGCAUGAAUCAUCCGGAAAGCUUCCCCCUUUCCCUGGACCCAGAAAAAUUGUCUUCCAUGAAACCGGAUGCUGGUGCCUAAAAGGUUGGGGACUGCGGCUCUACCUGCUGGGAGGUGACCUCCCUCCACUGACGCAGUCCAGUGUCCCUUCCUUUACUCAGGCCCAGGCUUGCAUGCUCUGCAGAGCUCCAGUGGCUUUUUCCAUGUGUGGGCUUGUUGUUUGAAUCGUGAUUUGGUCUCAGUGCUAUAUUCUCAUGAAAACCAUUGAGAAUGAGUGUCCCUCAUGGGGUACUGGCGUAACUGAUGAGCAAAGUGGAGUGGUUUCUAUCCUCAUGAUGUCCAGGAAACCCUUCCGCUGAGCAAGUGCCCCUUGGUGUAGCAGCUUCACAGGAUAUGUAGAGAAAAAUUUGAUUUUCAUUUCUUCUUGCUCAUUGUAUUUUUUUUAACUUCCAUUCUGGGAGUUUCAUGUGCAUUGUUGGGAGUUUCAAGCAUCAACCUAUUAUUUUCUAGUAAGAGCAGGUAACUCUGUGAUGUACCCCAGUAUAUCUGAUUACGUUGUAAUAAAAUUAGCAACAGUGCCAGGUGCGGUGGCUCAUGCCUGUAAUUCCAGCACUUUUGGAGGCUGAAGAGGGUAGAUUGCUUGAGCUGAGGAGUUUGAGACCAGUGUGGGCAACACUACAAAAACAUGUCUUGAUGAAAAAUUAGCAAGGCAUGAUGACACACACCUGUGCUUCCAACUUUAUGGGAAGCUGUGGUGGAAGAAUCACCUGAGCCUGGGAAAUUGAGGCUGCAGUACGUCAUUAUUGCACCACUGCACUCCAGCCUGAGCAACAAGGUGAGAUCUGUGUCACGCACACACACACAUUCACACACACACACACACUGAGAGAGAGAGAGAGAGAGAGAGAGAGAGAGAG